CACUUUGCAAAAUACAAAACCUAUCGUGGCCAAUUUAGAUAGAAAAACAAACCCCAUGGCGGUUUAAAGCAAGAUUUCACAACGUUUGAAGGUGUAGUGCAAGAACUAAGAAGUUAAUACACAGAAGAAAGGGUUUUACUUACACAGGCGGCCUACGAGGGUUUAGCACACUCAGAUCGAUGCAGUAGCUACUGAUGGGCGUAUGCCCUAGAAUUAGUAUCAAUGGCGGCCAACAUCGACUUGAAAGUUGAAUCUACCACCAAUCCUUGUUGUACCAAGUGGGAAGAAAGGUUUUUGAAGCUGCAACACAAGUUAAAGAAGACGGAAGAUGGUCGGCUCGCGCUUAAGAAGGCGGUCGGGAUUUAUGAGCAACAGUUUGAGAAGAUGCAGAAUGAAAAACUGCAGCUGAAGAAGGCUUAUGAAGAAGAGAAGCUGCAGACUGACCAUGAAAGGAAAGAAAAAGAAAAAGAAUCAGCUGCUCGAGUUUCAAUAGAGAACGAGAUAUCUACCCUAAAGGCUGAGAUUUCGUCAUUGAGCAAAAAAGGAGGUUCAGUAUCGGAAAGUACGAGUGAAGAACUCGUACUUCUUAAAGGACGUGUUUUUGACAAGGAAAAGGAGAUAAACUGCCUACAAGAAGAAAAGAAACGAGCCAAUGUGGAGAAAAGCAAGAUCGAGCACGAAUUAAGUAAUCUUAAAACUCAGUUGCUUAACGUAGAAACUGAAAAGAAAAAGCUAACGCAGGACCUUCUAAAAGAGAGAGCUAGAGCGGAAUCGGAGAAAAAACGAACUGAUGAAAUGUCGAAAACUUUAAAAACCAAACAGGCGGAAGUUGAAGUUCUUAAGUCCGAGAAAAAGAAUAACGAUAUAAAUUCACAGAAAUCCGAGCAUCAGAAUUUGGAAACAGAAAUUGGGCGGCUCAAAGAGCUUUAUGAAAACGAGAGAAAACGAGCUGACUGUGAGGCAAAAAAAGCCGAAACCGAAAAGAAAAAGCUAACGCAGGAUCUUCAAAAAGAGAGAGCUAGAGCGGAAUCGGAGAAAAAACGAGCUGAUGAAAUGUCGAAAACUUUAAAAACCAAACAGGCGGAAGUUGAAGUUCUUAAGUCCGAGAAAAAGAAUAACGAUCUAAGCUCACAGAAAUCCGAGCAUCAGAAUUUGGAAACAGAAAUUGGGCGGCUCAAAGAGCUGUAUGAAAACGAGAGAAAACGAGCUGAUUGUGAGGCAAAAAAAGCCGACACCGAGAAGAAAAACACUCACAAAGUGAAAGAAAUGUUGAAGGCUGAGCAAAGUAAAGUUGAUGAGCAACGUAAGUUAUUUGACGUUGAAAGGAAAAAAACGGAGGAAUUUGCACGGCAGUUGCAAAAGUUAAAGUGUGAGGCAGAUGAAGCAAAAGCAAAGUUGGUUUCGGAGGGUUUAAAUUUUAAAAAAGCAAACAAGAAGUUUGAAGCCGAAAAGAAAAAAUCGAUUAAAGAGAAAAAGAAAGCUGAAGACCAGCAAAAGAUUGCGGAAAUGAGUACGAAACAUGCUUUGGAGGAGAAGCAAAAUGCCGUUCGUCUUCAACAGCAGUUAGAUGAUUGUCGAAACAAGUACGAUAAGCUGAAAAAAGAAAUGGAAAAUUACGAAACAAAUAUAAAACAGAAGCCAAUUUUAGUGGGAAACGGUGUAGAUUUGAAUAUGGUUAAAGAAACGGAGUAUAAAAAGGCUGCAGAAAUGUAUAAACUGCAGGCCGUGAAAGAAAAAUCCCGUGCUGAUAAGUUAGCACAGCGGUUAGAAGAUACCCUGAAGCGGACCAAAAAUGAACAUAAAGUGACCCCGGAUCUUGUUUCUUCCAAAAGUUUAACCGAAAUGAAACUUUUAAAGAAAAGAUUGAAGCUUGAAAAGGAUAGAAGAAAGCAUUUCAACCAAGUAGUCGAGCAUGAAAAGAAGUGUAAAAAAACAGUUGAAGAAGAACUUCAUCGACUAAAGCUCGAGUUUGCUCGGUUUUCAAGUCGCGUAGGACUCUGUAGCUGUUUUGACGUCUGCAAUGUAGGUAAAUCUUGCCUCGAAAAGAAUGGCAAUGUGAUUUCAGAGGGAAAAGAACUUUUAAAGGUUAUAAAACCGUCUGAAUAUAUCAAACCGAAUUUAGAUGCGUCUACCCCGUCAGUUCCGAUAUCUGGGACGUGUACUGAGUCCACCUCAGGUACUGCCUCUAAAAUGGAGCCUCUGUGUAACCGAAAAAAUAUAGACAGUUUUGCUCUUGUUUCAAGCAUGGCAUCUUUUUCUGAUCGACAGUUGGUGCCUGUAUCUCGGUUGUCCGGUGAGAAUGCUGAGGUGGUGGAUAAUAAUGUUAAAAACGCUCUUAACAUUAGAAACAAAGAUGUGAACACCAAGAAACGAAAGCGUGUUCUUAAUGCAUGUGAAUCUGUUGAGCAUUUGCCAUCCGAGGGUAAAACACGGCAUUCAAAAUUAGCAAAGAACGUGUGUGAAUUACCAUUGGCUAUUGAGCAUAACAAAGAGGAGGGAAUAAGAACAGUUGAAAAUGUGGAUCUUGAGAAUUUUAAGAAAACGUUUGAUGGCGACUGCAUGAAGUUGCUUAAUUUUGAUAGUGAAGUUGAGGAAGAACGAUAUCGUGCUGCAGUUGAACGGCCUCUUUCGCCUACUCUUCCGAACAUCGAGUACAAAAGCAAUGUGAUUGAUCUAGAUGACUCUAGACCAUCGGAAUCUGAGAUCCCUGUUGUUGCAAUAGAACCUUGGUCUAUUGUUGUAUUUUCGGAUAUUAGAGACGGUGGGAGCCUUUCUGAAAUAUUUCACAUGACAAAAGCUUUUAGCACUCAUUGCUGUGCGUUUUCUCAGAUUGAGUUAGCGGUUAAAAACAUAAUAGCUACUCUUUCUGCAGAUGAAGUUCUAUCACCUAAGGAAAAAGUCUGUGCGUUCUUCUCUUUGUUCUUGAAGAGCUUCUCGAGCAUUGCUUUGACCAAUUUUAACCAUGCGAAUGAUGGGAACUUUUGUCGCAGUAUACGUAUUGUUUCUGAACAAUUGAAGAAAGUGUUGUCCGAUAAAGAGACAAGAGCCCGGUUUUCAAAAGUAUGCGGCUUGGAAGAACUCAUCACUCUGGUUCAAAAUUUUCUUAUUAAUGGAGAAAUACUGGUUUGCAGUACAGAAACAAGUUCCGAGACACUAUCAUUGCCUGAAUCUAAAGCUUCACCGCAUGCGUUGGUGGUUGGGGCAGUUCUUUUAGCUUCUGUUUGCGAUGCUUUUGACCGUGUUGACUUUUUAUGUGAGAUGUCAUACACCCUUUCUCGCAUCACCAGUCCUUUGACUUUGACUCUUCUACAUGUGUUUGCUUAUGUAUGUGGAGAAAAAUUGUUAAACCAUGGUGACUACAAUUUGAUUAUGACUGUAAUAAAAUCUUUAGUUAUAUUCUGUGAGAGUGAAAAUGUGUCAUCAGUCUUCCCUUCAUGUGACAAGUGUCCAUUUUCUAUUGGUGCUGUUUCCAUGGAAGAACUUGCAUCUAUUCUCUUGAAGACAUACACAUCAUUAACAGUUUCUGAUGAUGCUUUAUCUGAUUUGGGUGAUGUCAUGUCCCUGUUGGAGUUGUUGGCAACUAAGACGAGCUGGGGUUGGGUUAGCAAGAACAUAGUCAGUGAGUUGUUGAAGAUGUCGGAAGCGUGUGUUAAGGAAACUCUUUUGACUUCCAUUUUUGUACUUCUAGGCCAAAUGGCAAGACUUGGUAUUGAUGCUAAUGGAAUCCAAGAUGCUGGCGUUGAGAGUAUUAGAGUCAAAUUAAUAUCAUUUAUAUCCAAGAGCAUCUCAAGCGAAAUCAGUUUACCCGUCCAGUUUGCUGCUGUAACGGCUUUAUUGGGUACAACACCUCUCAGUUUUCAGGAAAUUUGCAAGAACAGCUUAGAACUGCCGACGCUGCCGCCACCUGUAAGGUCCGCAACAGAUUGCAUACAAAGAUGGUUUUCUUUGCUGAGCGAUGAGCGAAAGUCACUGUCAGUUAGGCUCCUAACUCCUGAUGCCUCUUAGCUGCUGAAGUGUAUAGCCCAUCAUUACUGCAACCACAUUUUGAAGAGUCGUUUGUAGUUGAAACCAAUCAAUUUUGUAGCUAUUGGCAGUUGAUCUAGCCGAGUAUUUUGAAGGUUAAUCAUUUCAGGCAGUCGGUUAUUUUUUUUUUGCCCUAACAUAGUUGUUCAAGUGGUAUGGUGCCCUUUGGUUCAAAAACCAAAAGGCGCGAGUUGCAUAUAUGAAAGAUAAAAGAGGAAUAUUAUUUUUGUUCA